UCUGGCAACCCUGGUGCUGGAGCCCUCUCGAGAGUGUAAAAUUUGUUUACUGGCAUUUAAAUAUCACCGAAUUUAGGCCACGACGCCUGACUCAUCACCCCGCACUAAUGCCCGGAGCUUUUAGAUGAGUGCCUGGAUGAGCGGGCUUAUUAACUUUCGAACUAGCCAGAUAAAUAUCACAAGAAGCUAUGAGUUUGCACUACGCGGAAUCAGAAUCUUCGCAGUCAGAGAGCAAAAUGGACAUCUCCGAGACGCCAACCGACUCCACGGGCGUCUCGCCGCUGGCGGAUGAUGUUGUGCCCACCGCACCGGAGAAGAAUAUCCUGGAAUUAGAGCAGGCAAAUAAGGAACAAGACAAGGAGGAGUUGGAGUUUAAGACGAGCUCCGCACUGGACAAUAGAAUACUGCGUCCGGAGUUGCUCCCCAUGGAAGCUAUGCCACAACGACAAACCAUCGAGCGCACCCUGGCCAACAGCCAUCCGCUAAUGUCACCAACCAACACGGACUCUGACUCUGAGCCCUUUCAACUUAAAAAGCAAGAGAAACAGCUUCCUAGGAGCAAUUUUCCGGACGUUGUGCCCACCACUGAGACAGUGCAGGUCAAGAACAACCUUAAUCAAACUAGGAACAAGCCGCAGGAUGCCAAGGUCAGCCUUCUAAGGGCCAACAGUCCGGAUAUCCUGAGUAGCGAGUCGGAUGCGGAUGUGUCCCAGUACUUGGCCGCCGUAGAGUCCAACUUUCAGUCUGUCUCUCUUAUGCCCAAUGGUAAUGGCAAAAAGUCGAAACGAACAACUACUCUCCCUGGCGGUGAGGACAUAUCCAGUCUGGAUUCCAUUUCCAAUCACAGCUUUGAUGACGACGAAGACAUAGAGCAUAAUCUGGCUUCGUUAAGUCCCUCGAGCUCCCUGAUCGAUGGAUUAGAUGGAGAGGAUGACGACGAUGAUUGCGAGGGGCCGGAACUGCUUCCCGACCACGAUGAUGAUCUGGAACUAGACAUGGAGUUCGGUCUGGCCACCACGCCCACACCAAAUGCCCCGGCAACGACCGCGGGUGCCUCUACUCUACCACAAUAUACGGCUGCUGAAGAAAGGCGGGACUCCCGAAAUUGGCAGAAAAUAACUUUACCGGAUGGACGCACUCGAGAGAUCGACAUGCGGGUCAUCGAGCCUUACAAGCGUGUGCUAUCUCACGGCGGAUAUCUCAAAUCUGGCGGCCAGAACGCCAUAGUCAUCUUCUGUGCUUGCCACCUACCGGAUAAGUCGAGGGCCGACUACAGUUAUGUGAUGGACAACCUUUUCCUAUAUGUGGUCAAGACUCUCGAGCAGCUCGUCACUGAUGAUUACGUGCUGAUCUAUCUGCAUGGUGGCUCUAACAGACGAAACGUGCCACCCUUACCCUGGCUCAAAAGAUGCUACCAGCUGCUGGAUCGCCGGCUACGUAAGAGUCUGAAGCACAUGUAUUUGGUGCAUCCCACAUUCUGGAUCAAGUCUUUAGUGUGGAUGGCGCGACCUUUCGUGAGCACAAAGUUUUGGCGCAAGCUGGUCUACGUUAAGUCCCUGGAGGAACUCGGCAUGCACGUGGUCGUGGAGAAGGCGGCCAUUCCGGAGAAGGUCAAGCAAUACGACGCCAAGCGGCAUUGAGGACCUGCGAUGCCCAGACUUGUUUUACUCAAACCGCUAAUGCAAACGCAAAGCAUUCAUGACACACUCGCUACUCGAGCCUCUGCAUUCCCCAUUCUUCAAUACGGACUAAGGCUAAUCCUCCAACCGAUUGUUUGCGCUCUCGCUAUGCUUUAAUUUAAGAUCUCAAUCUUUGUGAUACUUUAUGUUUGCCUUCUCAUAGUCAAGUCGAAUUCCCCCUCCUGCAUUUUUCCGUGUGAAGCGUGAAGGCGUUCAGCAAAACAUCGAACAAGUUUUUGUAGUUCUUUAUUGGCAGUCGUAGAAAUCGUAUUAGUAGACACAGCUAGGAUCCUAUAUAUACACCCACAUACAUAAUUAUAUCAUGUAGUUAUCGUGUAGCUUCCGCUUCAUACAUUUUGUAAUGGAACAGACAUAUGCAACCAGAAACCACCAAACUUCCAAACAUGUUACCUUUCUUUGUAGUGGUAAAAAGAAGAAAGACACGAAGUUGGAACAUAGUGUGUUUACACUAAACUGAACUUAUACAUAAGUAAUUGAAAAUCUUUAGCUGAAUUUUGCAUCCAAUAUCGCAUAUUGUAUAUUCAAAGCGUUCCAAGCACGACACUUACACUGACACUGAGAGACCCCAUGCCAGUCGAUAGUAGGUGCCCCAUUUAUCUCAUCCACCAUCAAAGUUAGCCGAUUAGCCUGUAAGUGAACUAGCGACCAUUCUUCGUGGAAUCUACACACGAACACACGUAGAAUCUCUCUAACGGAUAACGUGACGUACAAUUAGGCAAUGUAACCGAUUGAUAUUAAGAGCGACAUUUUGUUGGUUUCCUUUUACCGCUUUAAACAAACAAUAAUAAUAAAGAGCAAGAUGAUUUUUUA